AUGUAUGGUGGCGGGAGUAUGUGGCGCAACAUGACAAGCGCCCGAAGGUGGUAUGAAACGAACGCAGAGCGCGUCUGGGGUGGGUCCGGCCCCACUUGGGAUGAGACCAAGAAGCACUCGAAAGGCAUGCGAAGGAUUGAAGACAUCUCCGACUACUUCCGUCAGUAUCGCAAAGGCCGUCGGAAGAAAGCCGCUGGCUGCUCCAUUGACCGACCCCUCGCGAGCACAGCGGCAGCGCCGCCGCUACAGCAAGUCUGCGAUGCUGCUGGACCUGUUGGCGCUUGCUCAACCGUAAGUGGCGAUGACGAGGCCUACCUUCACAAGCGACAACUAGAGCAGCUACUGCUCCAACGUCGUCCCCAGCAACAGCAGCAGCAGCAACAGGAUCAGCAUCCGUACUCACAGCUCCUGAAUGAUCGCCGUACGGAUCAGCUCGUACAGAUCCCGCCGCCGCCGGCAGGGGGUGUCGCUGGCAGCUGUACGGCAGGGCAGCCGCUGCCGCAAUUUCCGGCAGCGCCAGUACAGGCGAACCGUGCCUCCAGCGCGUCCAUCCCAUCGGGUGUACUGCAGCUCCGUACGGCAAGUACGUCGCAUGUGCCUGGCGUACAUCAAUUCCGUACGUCGAGCGCGACGAUGUUGCCUUCGGAGCCUGCAGCACCUCCCUCCGUGCCGCUGCAGCCGCCGUCGCACCAAAAUCACCACCACCUGCAUGAACCUCAGUUUCGGCUGCCCUCCGUGGCGCAGCAGCAGGGCUACCAGCAGCUGCAGCACCGAGCCCAGGAGUACACACACAGCCACUUGCAACCCAGCCAGGGCGAGCCGCACUAUCAGCACCACCGCCAUCCCCAUUCCGAGCACCACCUGCACCAUCCACACUGUUACAAUGGCCCCCUACAGCCUCCGCCGCAACAGCCGCCGUCGCAGCAGCACCAGCAGCAGCCUCAAGAGCUGUUCACGGACGCUACGUCGCCUCCGACGGAUCCUAGCCAGGCGCCGCAUUACCCGAAGAUUCUCGGAGUGCCUGUCCCGGGCCUGUCCUUCUUCGGAGGCUGGAAAUCGCGAUCUGCGACCUUGCCCUCGAACCAGGGAACAGCAGCAGCGGCGGCGGCGCAGCCGCCGCCGCCGCACGGUCAACAUCACCAACCGUACACAGCAGGCCACCCAGCGGCGGCAGCGCAGCCUGCGGCGCCGCCGCCGCACUUGCAGCGCUCAUUAGCCAUGCCACGGUCCUGGUCGCAGCAGCAGCAGCAGCAGCAGCCGGCGGUGCAGCCGCGCAGGAUGGGAGCCCCGUGGGGUAUGAUGAGGAUGCUGUCCAUGCCUCGAGGGCUGCCACCGCAGCCGCCGCCGCAUCAGGCGACUGCGGCACAGUUGUCGUCGUCGCAGGCUCCAUUCGGUCUCCUUGGUGCAGGUCCGGCCGUUUACAACAACGCUCCUCCGCCGCAUAUGCGGGGCUCGGCGUCGCCGCCGCAAUCGUCGCCAUAUUCGCCGCAGCAUGCUGAGCCGUACAUAGACCCGUCGGCGGCGGCGGCGGCGGUGCCACAGGAGACUUACAUGUCGACGUCGCCGCCGUCGUACUCGACGCCGACGCAGCCGUACACGAACACGUCACCUCCGCAGUGCCACGUGUCGCCGUCGCCGCCGUCGACCGCUCACGUUCCAGCUGUCCAUCAGCCGCAGCAGGCCCUGCCGCCGGGACCUCCGCCGGAGCCCUUCCGUACACGCGAGCGCGUCAUCUCUCUGACUCGCCACUACGAGCUUCCAGACCUACCCACGGAACCGGAGGGCCUCCAGAACCAGUUCGCCGCAUGCCGCAUGGCGGAUGCAGGACAGCUGGGCGGCGGCGGCGGCGGCGGCGGCGUCAAUCCGGAUUUGGGAACCAUUUUGGAGAGCGGCGAUGUGGGGGUUCGUGAGGGCGUCGGCGGCGUCAGCCCUACGGGCGAAAUACAGGGCUCAGGCGUGGCCGGUGGUGGUAGCGGCAGUGGCAGCGGCAGCGGCAGCGGCUCCCUCAUCGGCCGCCUCUUCAGCCGCGGCUCCACCAUGCAGCGGCUCCGAGAGCUCUUCUGGUCGUGGGCCAACCCGGAUGCGGACGCGCCGCCGGGCCCCGACGCGCCGCCGACAACGAUGAUGACCAGCAGUGGCGGCGCCGCCCCUGGCAGCGGCAGCGGCGACGCGGCGGGGUCGGCGGGCGGUGGCGGUGGCGGUGGCGGUGCGGUGCCACACACAACGGCCUUGCCCGCCCCCGGCGGUGGUUUCUGGGGCCGCCUGAAUUCCAAUCCGAGGUCUCCAAGACUGGGUGCGGCCGACAUGGGGUCGCCGGACAACGGACCGAACCCCUUCCGGCAGCAGCUGCAACGACUGGGAAGCAUGUCGAGUUCGUGGCUGCUAGGGAAGCGCAGUCGGGAGGAGGGCUCGCCCGUCACCCAGACCUCCACACCCACCAGCAAGAAGCUACAGCGCGGCGUCAGCGGCGUCUUCCGGCCCUUCGUGGAGAUGAUGUCCUUCGGCCGGCGCUCCUCCAACCUCGGCGCCAACAACAGUAUUGCCGCGGCAGCAGCGGCGGCGGUGGCGGAGGUGGAGGCGGCGGAGCGGGCGGCGGAAGAGAGGGCGGCAGCGGCGGGGGUGAUGUUGCCGCAGCCUGCGGCGGCGGCGGAAGCUAUGGUGAUUGACAGCGGCGGCCCUGAGGAGCAGCUCGGUGGCGGCGGCGGCGGCGACGGAGGAGCCGCCGGGGCCCCUGCCGUCGCGGCCGUGUUGGCCGGCGAGCUCGUACAGGCUAUGUCGUGCAACACUGACGCCGAUGCCGACCGCCUGCUGCUGGAAACGUUAGACAGCCAAGUUCUCGCGACGCUGGAGGAGGAGGCGCGGGCUGCACGAGAGCAGCAUCCGCGGUCGCUGUCGGCGGCGGCAGCGGCGGCGGCAGCUCCGCCUCCGCUGGCACCUAUGGCGCCGCUGGAUGCGGCUAACGGCUCUGCUUACAUGAGUGGCUGUGUGCUGGACUGCGGUCCAGCCGCUACUGCUGCCGCUACUGCUGCUCCGCUGGUGGGUCCUAUGAGCAACCUUAGCUCGAUGGCUCAGCCGCAGCCACCACUGGCGCCGAUGGCGGCAGCGGCACCGCCGCCGCUGCAGGCACCGUCGGCAAUGGACGCAACCAUCGCCGCGACGGCGGCGGCGCCGUCGCCGCCGCCGCCACACGCAGGUCUUCCGCCACCGUCGGGCGCACAGGUCUCUGGCGGCGGCUCCGGCGCUGCCGGCCCCAUGCCGUACCAUAGCUUACCGCAAGUUGGACUGCCGCCGCCGUCAAGCUCGUCCAAUAAUGCCGUACGCGGCCCGGUCAUUACUACCGGUGCGCCAGUCUCCGGGAGCAUGCGCGGCGCCGCGGCCGGUGCCGCCGUUCCCACGCGACCACAGCAGCAGCAGCAGUACGGCGGCUACGGCCAUGCCCAGCCGCAAGUCCAGCAACAGCAACAGGAUUUGCUGCACGGGGGUUGCAACGGCAGCGGCGGGUUGCAAAUGCAGCACCCGCACCAGCUGGCUGCCCGCCUGGAGCAACCGCAGCAUGAGGACGGUGCCGGCGGCGGGAUGUUGUUGAGGUUCAGCAACUCCCUGACAGAGUAUUGGAAGCAGGUCUGGGGCUCGGCCAGGUGA